AUGUCAGCGAGAACUCUCCCAUUGAUCAGCAAGGCCGAGGUCGAGAAACAUAAUUCUGAAAAAGACUGUUGGGUGACAUUGUUUGACAGAAAAAUUUAUAACGUCACCUCUUUCCUCAAUGAGCAUCCAGCCGGUGGGGAUAUCAUCCUCGAAUGGGCCGGUAAAGAUAUCACCAAGAUCAUGGCCGAUGUAAUGUCUCACGUUCAUUCGGAAUCUGCCUACGAGAUCUUGGACGAUGAAUACUUGGUUGGGUACUUGGCGACCCCAGAAGAACAAAAAGAGUUGUUAUCUAACCCAAAUCAUGUUGUUGAUGUGAAAAUAUCCGGUGAUGUGUACGACCCAACCACUUUGGACCAUUUGCCAACAUAUGAUAAAUUAUCGAUCCAAACAGAUUAUGGUUCCGAUUACAAUAAACACAAGUUCUUGGACCUCAAUAAACCAUUAUUGGUGCAAGUGCUCUUUGGGAACUUCACAAAAAAGUUCUAUUUGGACCAAGUCCACCGCCCUCGUCAUUAUGGGAAAGGUUCUGCUCCAUUGUUUGGGAAUUUCCUCGAACCAUUAUCGUUGACCGCGUGGUGGGUGGUCCCAACAAUAUGGUUGCCAGUUAACUUCUACAUCUUCUAUAUUGGUCUCACCGGAUUACCGGUUGUCAGUGCUGUGUUGAUGUGGAUGUUAGGGUUGUUUGUCUGGACCUUACUCGAGUACGGUAUGCACCGUUUCUUAUUUCAUAUUGACGAAUAUUUGCCAGAAAGUCAAUUAGCAUUCACCGUUCAUUUCUUAUUACAUGGGAUCCAUCACUACGUGCCAAUGGACAAGAACCGGUUAGUGAUGCCUCCAACUUUGUUUCUUGCGUUGGCGUACCCAAUUUAUAAAGCAGUGUUCCUGAUCCUCCCAUUCUACUACGCUUGUGCCGGUUUUGCUGGGGGUCAUUUGGGUUACAUCAUUUAUGACGUGAUGCACUACGUGUUGCACCAUGCCAGAUUGCCUUCAUAUUUGCAAGAAGUGAAGAAGUAUCACUUGGAACACCAUUACAAGAACUACGAGUUAGGGUUCGGGGUUUCGAGUAAGUUCUGGGACGUGGUGUUUGGUACGGAAUUAAAGAUGGACAACACCGUGCAAAAAAGAGCAUGA